AUGAGGUCUAGUACGGUCUCCUCAUUUUUACUUCAUUGGCAUCGGGAAGUGCUGGUUCACUCCACACCAUGCUGCGGCCAUCAAAGGAUUCCCAGCGCAAGAAGUCACAAAGAGGAAGGUCCGAGGAUUCUGGCAAAGAAAACCUGGAAGAUACCUCACGAUGAGUCUCCGAGUCAGGGAACUUACCAAGAGAUGGAGAUCUCCUCUUACAGAAAUUACGUAUGGCGCGCUGUUUUCUUGACCAGCUUCACGCUUGGUAUUCGAUUUGGAAACUUGGAUGUAGUCAGCUAUGUGUUUCUGAUAUUUGGCAAAUAUCUCAUUUUCCUCCUUACUUAUAUGGUCAUACCGCCGUUUAUGAUUUACAUGAAUUUCCAGAAAGAAUUAACCAUACACGAACAAAGAAUAGUCCUAAUCGUUGUCUCAGCACAGCUCGGAGUCUAUAGCAGUGUUAUUAAUCAGCAUUAUGUGAUCACAGACACUGCAGCACCGUCAUACUUUCUUCCGGGUCUGGUUGGACUGACUGUGCAACUUGUCGGUCCCCGCUUUGGUCAUAACCGCGUCCAAUUCCUGGCUGUCUCUGUUGGUUCGGCCUUCGCAGCCGGGCUGGUACUUAUGGCUGUUUUCCACGAUAUCUCAUUCGCAGCCUUGAUAGGAUUGAUUAUAUCGGCAGUAUGCGCGACGAUCAAUCUUCAGCUGAUGGUCUAUUCUAUCAGACAAGGUUCGCAAAACUCAUGUGGAAUUGACAUAAUGGGUGGUCAUAUCACUGCGGUUAUGAUGGCUGUCUAUAUGCACCUCGUCUUCAGUCGACUUUUUGGAGAGUAUUCCGAAGAAGAGAAAUCGACCCCGUCAGUGACAAAGCCGCUGCUGUACUCAUGA